GUCGUUCACCCUGUCACGGCGAAAACAUUGACGAUUCUUUGUUUUGUCUUGUGUGUGGUGCGGUUAAGCACUUAACCUUUGAUUGUGUUUACCAUGUGCCUAAUUUAACUAACACAAGCUCUUUACCUAACUAGGUCUAAGUUAGGUGUACUCCGAAACCAGAAAAAUCGGUUGUAGAAAUGGGCCCAGACCAAUUUCACGAGAGUCGUUCUUAUUCUGCCAGCGAUUUGUCAAGCAAGUCAUCUUUAGAACAUAGCAACAAAACAAACUCUUGCGCCGACAUUUUGGAGAAAACACCUUUUCUCAAAAAUGCUAUCAUUAAAGAUUCUGUGCCUUAUCAAGAUUCAGGGAUUUUAAAGAGGUUUGCACCUGGGCAAUCAUCAGGAUACUAUUCACGGAGGUUUCACCCACGCCAAUAUCAUAGUUUGCCACAUCACUAUAAAUUACCAAUAUUAAAUGGACAGUUUCUUAAAGAAAAGGCCAGAGAAAAUGAUGGUAUUCAGUCUGGCUAUUCAACUAAAUUGACCCUGGUUCUUGAUUGGUUUAAGGGAUUCAAUUCGGAUCAAAAGAACAAAAUGCUCAUGUUAUUGUUUAAUGAAUGUGAACAGCCACAAAAUCACUUGCUUUCUACACUAUUGCAAGACAAACUUCACAUGAGUUGCCCUCCAAACUGCCAAGACUUUUUACUCUGGCUCCCCACAGUGUUGGCUUACAAAAUCCUGUCAUAUCUUGAUCCUGUAUCUCUUGCCAAGUGUUCCCAAGUGUGCAAAUAUUGGGAAAGUCUUUCAAAUGCUCAGUUCUUGUGGCAAAACUUGAUGAUACAACCCACCUGGAAGCUGAGUCAAAGUGGACAUUUUCAACAUCUCCGGCAGAUAAAACAGAAUUCCGAAGGAGGCAAGAAAUUGUUAUGGAAAAAGAUUUUCGCUGAUCGAUAUCGUCUACAUCGGAAUUGGCUUAGAGGACAGUGUCACGUUCGAACAUUUGAAGGACACACUCAAGGUGUUUCAUGCGUACAGUUUGAUGAAACGCGGAUCGUGUCUGGUUCCCACGACAAAACAAUUAAAGUUUGGAACAUCCGAACGAAUAGCCCGUGGUCUGUAAUGACUUUGGUUGGGCAUUCUGGUACAGUGAGAUGCCUUCAUUUAAUGGGAAACAGGUUGGUCAGCGGUUCUACAGAUCAAACGUUAAAGGUUUGGGAUCUCUCAGUACAGGAUGAAUGGUCCAGCAUUGCUUGUAAGGUAACGAUGGUGGGGCAUACCGAUACUGUCAGAUGUGUUCAGAUGGACAUGGAGAAAGUGGUCAGUGGUUCUUACGACAACACGCUUAAAAUCUGGAGCUUAAAAUCUGGCGAGUGCACGCACACACUAAGAGGACAUAUUGCUCAUGUUCUUUGUUUGCAGUUUCACUCCAAUACGUUAGUGAGUGGCUCAGCUGAUAAAACAAUAAAGGUUUGGAGUUUAAACGAAUUUCGCUGCAACGCUACUCUAUAUGGUCAUCAAGAUGCAGUGACGUGUAUCUCGUUUGACGAACAGCGCAUAAUCUCUGGAUCACUCGACAACAAUAUAAAAAUAUGGAAUCUCACAUCUGGCGUAUGCCUAUCGACGCUUGAUUGGAAAAAUUCUGAGGGGCAUACUGGUGUUAUUCGCUGCCUUCAGGCCAACGAAAGAAGAAUGGUGUCCGCGUCUGAUGACCGGACUCUGAAAGUUUGGCAACUUGAGACAAAUACUGGCCAACGGUUGUUGACUCUGAGAAAUCAUACUGACGGCGUUACAUGUUUGCAGUUUAAUGACUUCAUCAUCGUUUCUGGAUCAUAUGACCGUACCGUGAAAUUGUGGGAUUUCAGCGUUUGUUGAAA